AUGAGGGGAGGCAUGUUCUUGGAGAAGUAUCCGCUAUCCGCAGCAUUGUUGACAGGCAUAUUAGGUGUCUUUAUAGGCAGGUACACCUUGACUGGUGAGGUCCUUGACAUCGCGUGCGAUUGCCCAGAUGUCAGCUCACUUGCACAUAAUAUGAACACAGCGCAGAAGUACUGUUUGCCUGAAUACGCCACACCAUUCGAACAAUACUUUAAGGAGCUAUCGGUGAAACAAGAGGGCGGCGAAAAGUUUACUGAUCUUCCGCUGGCGCAUAAGUGGGCCGACGACUUUCAGGCUUACGAUAAUAUAUUCGGUCGCUAUAGAGGAAAAGACGUUCUCUUCAUGGAG